GACGACUCCUCAGAAUUAAAACAUGCAACGUGUUUUUUCCAGCUGAUAUAGCAGAACCGACUCCUGAGAGCAGACGUAUCUGAAGCUGUCAGGGAGGAACCAUGGCUACCAUCUCUGAACCGGACCCUGGACUCUCUGAGGAACCUGAGGACACGUCUUUGGACCGGAGGGAGCGCAAGAGAAGAUUUGCUGGUAGAGCAAAGAAGAAGGCUAAGUCCAGACGCCGUGGAAGCCGUCAGAGAGUAACAAUGGUCACCAUCUCUGAACCGGACCCUGGACUCUCUGAGGAACCUGAGGACACGUCUUUGGACCGGGAGGAGACCAGGAAGAGAAGAUUUGCUCUAUGGUUUCACAUCACUGUCAUUGUGAGCAUCGGACUGCUGAGUAUCCUCCUCAUCUCCCUGCGCUUCAACUCACCGUCACCCUGGAAAGAGGGGAGAGAGCACUUACUGGAUGAACUCGAUGAAUUGACGCUUCAGGGCUGGAUGCUUCACGACAAGAGUCUCUACCGUGUUUCUACUACUAAGAAGGGCUGGAGGGCCAGUAGAGAAGACUGUCAGAAGAGAAAGGCAGACCUGGUGGUCAUCAACAGCAGAGAAGAACUGGCGUUUGUCAGCAGAUUGAUGGAUACUUCCUGGAUUGGACUGAGUGAUCGAGAGAAAGAGGGGACCCACAAGUGGGUGGAUGGUACCCCCAUGACCUCAAGUUGGAGACACGUUAAACCACGCGAUGACGGCGGAGCAAGAGACUGCGUCGUAGCAGGGGAGGACGGCUGGUCUGAAGAACCGUGUAACAGACUGCACCACUGGAUCUGUGAGAAGGUCCUAGACCUGGAUCAUCUGGAGGCUGAGCGGAACAAAGAGGGUCCGUAGACUUUGUUUGUGUUCAUGAGUGGAGAACGGUUCCUCCUUUCUGUU